AUGAGGCAAAUCUCCCAGCUCAACGGGGUGCACCUCGUCCAGGCAGCGGCCGCGGCGCCCUGCAGUGCCACGGCGGGGCCCGGCGGCCAUGAGUACACGGAUGCCGAGUCCUGGGCCGACCUCGCCGACCUCAGUGUGAUGACGUUCUUGACCAUUGCGCCCGCCCGCAAGUACAAGAGCCAGGCCCGCGAAGUCAGGGGCCUCAACCUUGGCCUCUGCGAGUCCACCCUCAACUGCAUCGUUACCGCCGACGAGGGUUUGACUCGCGCCCUGCUUCCUACGGGGCUGCAUGAGGCGUCAGGGGCACAGACGCCCGACCGGGGCCGCCUCGAGUUUUCAGAAAAGCUAGCGCGGCUCUGGUGCGACAGCAAGGCGCCGCGGGCAAUCGACUUCAAUAUCGAGGUCUGCGUUGGGACCUCCUGCGCAGGCAAGUGCGAGACGGCGCGCAAGGAGAAGCUGGAGCGAUGGGAGCUCGUGCAGAAGCUGCUCGGGAACCUCGUGGCGGUGCGUCGGACCCUCGCUCGGCUCGUGAAGGACCCAGAGAUGGACAAGAAGAAGACUUUCUCCUACCGCCCCUGGAUCGAGAUGCCGAUAGUGAAGCUGGCUUCCCAGGUUACAACCUUCGACGAUGACGACGAGCAGGGGCGGUCCCCGCGCGACUCCGCGACGGCGGCGAGCACCUGCCGGCCCGCGCAGCUCCCCGAGGCUCUCCCUGAGGUCGCUGAGUAGCUGCACGUGCUUCCAGGGGCGUGGCGGAGUUGCUGCCCACGUGCUAUCCAUUCAUCCACCCGUCCGCCACAUGCCUUGUCCACGUCAUCAUCUUUCUCCUCGGUUGGCGCGGGCGCGCGCGUUCAUUUCCGCACCAGGGCCCUGGUUUGGCCGCCGCUCUUGGUCUCGGCCGUGACGGCCUUGGUGCAUGGCAGGGCACGAGGCUCGGGCGCUCGUUUUCGCCCGCCGUGCGCCUCCUGUCAGCUCCCUCUCUCGCAGCUGCCGCUCCUCCGAGAGAUCCGCUCUCCCUCUCUCGCCGGUGCUGCCGUGUGCUCCUCCUCCGGAUCCGUGCCGUGCUCAAGGCUUGCGCGUGCUCAGGCUCGUGGGUCGGCUCGGAGGGCCGUCGAGUCGGCUCGGAGAGUCGCGAGUCUCAAGGACAAGGCUCCCUGUGGACUCACGCUGAGUGCCUGGCACCAGCCGCCUCGUCGGUGCCCUCGUCAACGGCACGGUGGUGGUCGUUCGCCAGCGGCGUCUCCGCCCUGUUCGUGUUGGUUUCACUCGAGGCCUGCUGUUCUCUUUAUAUCGGGGCAUGAACAAAGCAUCGCCCUGAUUAGUGACGCACUUGUCUCGGGUUUAUUUGGCCGAGGGCUGGGG